AUGGAAAACAAUUCACUUCCUCAUACUUCAGAAAUUUCAUCUCCAUCCAUAAAAAGAAAAUCAGAUAUGGACUCUACAAAAGUUACUUUACCUCCAAUCUCUACAAUAAUUAAUAGCCAACAGAAUAGUCCCAAUGCUGGAAAUCAAGAUUUCACUGACGAUGAAAAGACUUCAUCAAUGAGAACCUCCCCAUUGAUGCACAGAGGUAUAUCAAAUACAAAUACAAAUACAAAUACAAAUACAAACAUUAUGAACCCGACUGGUGCGGCUAUUAAUGUUCAACCGUUCGUGACGGCGAUGCCAUCAAUGGUUAACUCUAGAAAAUCUUCUAUGUCUCAAACAAUCCCUUCAAAUGUAAGUUAUGCACCUUCUACUGCUACUUCAUCUGGAAUGGUGGCAGGUCCACAACAAAGAGUCUCUUCAAAUCAAGUUACUCCUAUCGCUACCCCGGCAGGUAGUCCCAAUACUAAUUAUUUGGUAAAUCAAACACAAUUACAGCAACAAGAAAAUGAAGCUGCCUUUGUCUUGCAACAGCAGCAACAAUUACAACAAAUACAAUAUCAACAGCACUUACAACAAAUGCAGCAAAUGCAACAGCAACAGCAACCGGGUUACUAUUACGUGGUUACUCCAUUUCAACAGCAACAGCAACAGCAACAGCAACAGCAACAACAAAUUCCUCAUAUUCAACAAAUGAUUUCUACUUAUCCUGUUGUUGUCAAUAUGGCUCACCCAACUGAAAUUCAGCAACAACAUAUCCAGUCCCAAGAAUAUGAAAAUUCAAUAGUGUACCAAGCACCACCUCAACAAGAAGUAUUGAUGAAUCCAGUCCAGACGGUGGUAAUGCCUUCAAAUAAUGUUCCAACUGGUUUGCAAGGGCAAACAGUUCCAAAACCUGGUAUGGGUCCAAAUUAUGUUACAGAUGGUUUAAUUCCUGUCCCAAAUAGUAUCCAAUCUAAUUUGAGUCUAGCGGUACGGUUACGUAAACAAUGUCCAGUAUGUGGCAAGAUUUGUUCUAGACCAUCUACUUUGAAGACUCAUUAUUUGAUUCAUACAGGUGAUACACCUUUCAAGUGUCCUUGGAAGACCUGUAAGAAGUCAUUUAAUGUUAAGAGUAACAUGUUAAGACAUUUGAAAAGCCAUCAAAAGAAAACUGCAAAGGUAACUAAGAACAUGACAGGUAUUAAAGAAGAUCAUCAGGAUGAUCUUCAAAAAAAAGUAGCUACUAAUAUUGAAGAUAUUGUUGCUUCAAAGGACGGAGAAGAAAUAAAAGAAGAAGAAAGUUUAGAAACUUCAAUUGCGCCAGAAGAGAUAAAGAAUCAAACAAAUUGA